UUUGGUAACACGUGAUCUGUGACUUUGAUGAAGUUAUAGGUAAUGUAACAGCAGAACACGUCUGGAGCCUGAGAUCCCAAAAUGGCGGGAACCCAAGGAGGCCCUGCACCAGGCGUCAAACAAUGAUAUGUACUGUUUCUUAGGCUGGUGUCUUAAACUCUGGUGAGGAAAAGAGGGCCGGCAAUUGAAAGGCAUCAACAAGUCCAGCUCAUUAGAGACGGAUUGGAAGAACCUUUGAGGAUAUUACCAGAUGUUAACCAAGACCAAAAUUAAUGAUGAGGAUGGCUCAGAAGUGUGGAGGGGCAUCAAAUAUCUAGUCCAAGAGAACGGACUAGACACCCAAUUUGGAAAGAAGACGCCGGUUUAUAUCGAGGAUAUUGGUCCAUUUAAUGAAACCAUCCUGUCUACGCAAGAAAAGAAGUUCUAUCUUGGGUUCCAGUGUAUCCAAGUGUGCCUGUUCAAUUCCCUGGGUCUGUUCACCAUUCAUUGGAGAAACGCGCUGCUGAGUCUCCAAUUCAAGGAUCUUCAAAUUUCCCUUCAGAAGGAUCCUUGCAGUGGACCUCUGAUUCCUCUGGUCAAACUCACCGCAGAGACGAAAAAGUUUCUCGGGCAAACUAAAUUGCAAUGUGGCCAAUUUCCUCUACCCUUCUCGCCUGCACUGGCUCCUAUCACACGGACGCUCUGUAGACAUUCUAAGAAUCCAUCACCUAACCUCAAGCAUGCCAGCUAACCAAUGGAUAGGACAACCUUUGCACUCCCAGAAGUGAUCUACGGGCCGUUGUUAGUGCUCUGCCCGCACACAUUACUGUUCAGGAUUCUCUUCCAUGCUUGAGCGUUCUGGAACCCGAACUUGACCUCGAAGAGCAAGCUGCGCAAGCUCUUUAUUAGCAAAGGCUGCGAGCAGCUCC